AAUGUUUCUCUCCUUAGCACGAGGGGGUUAACCCAAGAGUCCGGCCAUAGCAACUCGGUGCGUCUUUCUUGACGCUUGCCCCGGACGGGCUCCGGACCGGAGCGGCUACCGAGCAUCCGAGCCUCGGCGUUUCCCUGUCCGGUGCCGCCCCCCUCCCGGAGGCAAAGCAAGGAGGCGGAGGGCGACGCUGCUACGCGUGGAAGCGCCGCGGAAAAAAGUUUGCAGGAAGCAGCUUCCUCCGAGCCCAACUUCUGCCUUGACAGAUCUCUGGAGAGGAGGAGGAGGAGGAGGAGGCGAGGGAGCAGCGCGCCCCGAUCCUGCGCGAGGGAAGCUGGCCAGGCUUCUCGGAAGGGAAUCCCCGUUUCCAAGCGUGCGCGGUCAUUAAAAGGCUGGACAACUUUCAAAGCAUCCCCAUUAAUCCUUUUCUUAAGAUCAGCGCCGGUACAAAGCGCGGCUGAAAGGAGAUAAUUGCGGAACUUUGGGUGUGGCAAAAAUGACUUCAUAUUGUAUCCUUCCAGCAUUUGCUUUGAUGAUUGGAUGUUUAGCAUUUCCAGGUCCUGUGCCUAGAAGUGGCUGUCUAUUGUCUCAGGUCAACAGUUCACAUCCUGUCCAAGCCUUGCUAGAAAGUUUUACUGUCUUAUCUGGCUGUGCAAGCAAAGGAACUGCUGGAUUGCCACAAGAAGUUCACAUCCUCAACGUUAGGAGUUCAGAAGAUUCUGGCCACCAUGAAAGAGAGGUUGUUUUGCAUUUGAAUCCAAUUGCUUCAAUGCAUAUUCAUCAGAAACCAUUGGUGUUCUUCCUGAACUCUCCUGUGCCUCUGACAUGGAAAGUGAAAACAGAAAGACUUGCUUUGGGGAUCCAGAGACUUUUCAUUGUUUCAGCAGGCUCCACGGUGCAGUUUGUGAAGGAAGACUUCUCCUUGACAGCAAAGAGAGAAGAGAAACCCCUUCCUCAAGGAAAUAAGCGUCUGUUAGAGUGGGCUGAAAAGGAAUAUGGAGCAGUAACGUCCUUCACUGAAUUUAAAAUAUCCAGGAAUGUUUACAUAAAAGUGGGUGAAGUUCAAUUUUUUCCUACAACAUGCAAUAUAGAAAAGAACUUUAUUUCUUUGAACUACCUUGCCGGAUACCUACAACCAAAGACAGCAGAGGGAUGCAUUAUGUCUAGUAUGGCACAUGAUAGAGAAGUUCAUAUAAUUGAACUUAUUGCACCUGAUUCAAACAGUGCUUUCCAGGUGGAUAUCAUCGUUGACAUCAGACCAUCUCAGCCAGACACUACACUUGUCAGGGAUCUUGUACUUAUUCUCAAGUGCAGAAAGUCAGUCAACUGGGUCAUCAAAUCACAUGACGUGCAGGGAAGAUUGGAAGCCAUUACAUCAAAUGGGGUUGGCUUUGGAAAAGAAACUGAACGCUCUAUGGCGAUGAGUAAAACUAUAGUGUUUGAUAUGCCUUCCUCUCAUGAGAAUUUAAUUGCCUGGGCAUAUGAGCAUGGCUACUACCCAGUUACUACUUAUACAAAAGCACCCCUUGCUAAUAAGUUUCACCUACACCUCAUGGAUGCAGAAGAAAUGAAUGAUGAAGAAGACGAUUUCCUUCCACCAGAGCUGACGGAACUGCUGCAUGGCAUUAAAGCCCCACGUUUGAAUGAAGACAUGCAUUUUGGUUUUCUUCAUGAGAAGAACCAAGGCUCCUUGCCAUCAACUGACACUGUUGACCCAAUCAUGGCCAGUCAUGGUUUUGAACAGCUUCUUCCAAAAGACCCAGAGCCAGAAGAAGUGCAGGGUAGCGUUGAUGUUGCCAUGUCUGUGAUAUGUAAUGAUACAUCCAUGAUGGUAGCUGUAGCAAAAGACUCGCUGGAGGCUAGAGGUUUCGUUGGGACUCAGCUCUCUCUGCUGGAUCCUAGCUGCAGAGCUAAAACAAACAGGACCCAUUUCAUUCUGGAGUCAUCUUUGCGAGAUUGUGGGACCCGACAGAUUCCCUAUCCUUUGGAUAACAUCGUCUAUCUCAACUCUAUUGUUAUCCAGGUGUCACCAUCAUCUGAAGCUAGUGGUUGGCUAGUUGAUUAUGAAGACAUGGAAUCAGGGGAUAAUGGUUUUCCUGGGGACACCGAUGAAUCGGACAUCACCUUUUUCAGCCGGCCUGUCAUUGUUGUGUUCAAUUGCACAUUCCACCAACCCAGAGAUCCAAGGAUUUCCAAGUUCUGGCCCCCUGAAAUACAUGUUGGCAAUGCCACCUUUGGAAUGGAACUCUACGAGACGGAGCUUUUUCAUACCCCAGUUCAAGGAUUCUUCUCUGUGGCAGACAACAGCCAGAUUUUUGUCGAGAUUUCUCUGACAAAGGCUGAGAGAUCCCUGGGCUUUGUAAUCCAAACUUGCUUUAUUUCACCAAAUUCCUAUCCUGAUCGAAUGUCAGAAUUUACCAUUAUUGAAAAUGUUUGUCCUAAAGAUGAGUCUGUAAGAUUCUUCAAUGUUCCGAAAGCUAAUUUUCCUGUCCCGAAUACACAGACCGUCAAAAAGCGAUUUAGCUUCUUAUUCAAAUCCACAUUCAACAGCUCUCUUCUCUUUCUACACUGUGAGGUGACUUUAUGUACAAAGAAAGAAAAAGAUAUUCCAGGAUUAGCUCAGUGUAUCCUUCCAGAUGAAGCGUGCACCUUUCUUAAUGUUGAUAUGAUCUUUGCAAUGAUGCAGAAUAAGAAAACCUUCACCAAACCUCUUGCUGUGAUAACUAAAGGGAGACCAGAAGAUAAAUCCUCCCACUUGAAUCCUUCUGAAGGAUCAUUAUCUGUUGUACACGGCCUGGACACGUUGACAGUUGUGGGAAUUGCCUUUGCAGCUUUUAUGAUAGGCGCGCUGCUAACAGGAGCUUUAUGGUUUAUCUAUUCCCGCACAGGAGAACCAGAAGGAAGACAGCCAGUUCCCACUUCGCCACCACCUUCUGAAAACAGCAGUGCAGGCCACAGCAUUGGCAGCACACAAAGCACCCCCUGUUCCAGCAGCAGCAGGGCCUAACACAGGAGGGAGCAUGGAAAUGCAUGCAGCAACAUCGGAGAUCAGAGGUUCAAAAAACAACAACAACAACCCAGCUGUUUGUUGCCUUUUGCUUCCAUUGGUUUGGAUUCUUUGGCAAAAAUGAGAAGGCGCUUCCUUCUUUUUCGGCUUUUUCCAGAUAAACAUGGUCCUCGAACCUCCCGCCGCAUGCUAAGGCUACACAUGAUGGAGCUACUCUUUUUGUGCAGCUGUGGACUGUCCACACGUUCUCAAUGUGAAACACAAUGUCCCCCACCCCCUGUAAAUGCUGCUUUGUCUCCAGAGAAUCCCAGGGCUGAGUUUUGCAAACGUGCAGGAGACGCCAAGGGAUUUCAGUCUCAUAAGCUGGGGAAGGGGUUUGGGUUUUUUUUUUCUUAACCUCCCUCCCUCCCUCACCCCACCCCACCCCACCCCACUGAGCACAAAGGCAGGGUGGUUUCAAAUGCCACAUUUGAAACUGAUUUCCUCUGAUACGCAUGGCAGGUCACCGUAGCUGUGUCACUGUGUAAUUGUUGAGCUUGACUUCGGGAAGCCUUUUGGCCCUGGUUGUGCUGUUCUCCAUCUAAGGGGAUUUAUAUCCACUGAAGCUUUUGAAAUGAAAGCAGCAUACAGGGGCUAAAAAUACAUGUUGGUUAGGUAUUUGUAAUUACUUAUCCUUCCUUCUCAUAUAUCCAAAAAGCUUGCUUGAAUACUUAGGGUAGUUUUCAGGGUUGCUCCAUUUCCCCUCCUCCCUUACUGGGAACUACCUUUUUUUUUUUUUUCAGGAUGGAGCAGCUAAGUCUCACCCUUGUAAGCUAAGAUUUCUCUACAAGAUACUCUUUGUAUACUGCAUGCUCUUCACCUGCUCUUUGUCUUGUGGCAAUUUGCAUUAAGCCAUCAAGUAAUCCUGUCUCACAGCAUUGCUUCGUGAAAGGCAGGGGUCCCCAAGCCCUGGUACCAGUCCGCGACCUGUUAGGAACUGGGCUGUACAGCUGGAGAUGAGUGAGCAAAGUUUCAUCUGUAUUUGCAGCCGCUCCUCAGUACUACGGCAUCAUGGCCUCAACUCCACCUCAGAUCAUCAGGCAUUAGAUUCUCAUAGGAGCGCAAAACCCUUCUCUAAACUGCGCAUGUGCAGGAUCUAGGUUGCAAGCUCCUCCCCCAGCCCCGGUCCAUGGAAAGAUUGUUUUCCACGAAGCUGGUCCCUGGUGCCAAAAAGGUUGGAGACCAUUGAUGUAACACAGGGAUCUUGAAACUUGGCCCUUUUAUGACUUGUGGACUUCAUCUCCAAUUCUGGGAGUUGAAGUCCACAAGUCAUAAAAGGGCCAAGUUUCAAGACCCCUGAUGUAACGUGUGCUUGCAGAUGUAACAGCCUCCCUACUCACUGCUGUGUUAGACGUUGCUUCGUAGAUGCAUUUCCACUGAGUGAAUUUGCAGGAUUGUCUCUGACAAUUGACAAAAUAGGAAAAUCUUGCUUUUCCUGUAAAGGCCAUGCCCAGUGAUACAUUCAUGAUGCUAUAUUCUGGAAAGGGAUGGGUGGGUUGUAUUACGAUUGCACUUGGAAGUUCAGGAUGGGGUUUCUUCAUUGGCCAAUUUUGAACUUAGACAUGCCUAAAUAUGCUUCACCAAAGGAAGAAAGACUACGAAAACUAAAAUGGUUCCCUGAUACAUUUUUAAAGAUAUUUUUACAUUAUUUUCAGAGUCAUUUAUUGUAAGGCAUUCAUUUUGAUUGGAUUCGUGACCUUACGUAUCUGGAGAUGUUUGUAGAAUACAUAUGGCAAUGCUUAACAUGACCCAUUAAGUAUAUAUUGCUGACUUUUAAAAGUAUAAACUAAUAUUCAGAUUCAGUUCUGUGCUCCAUGAGAAUGCUCUGCUUUAAAAAUAGUUAGGGUUUUUUUUCCCCUUUGGGUUAUUGAAAAACACUAGGGUCAAGUAUUGUGGAUCCAGUUUUCUAUCAUGUUACUUUUUUUCCAUUUGUUUAUUGCUCAGUGGAGACAACUAUUGAAUCAUGCUAUUGUUUAUGACAUGUAGCAUGGAUAGCAAUGAGAUGCCUCCUGUAAAAAAGCUUUCUUAUGUUUUGAUUCCAACUCAUCUCAGUUUCACAUUUGGAAAUAUAUCAAAGUAACGCUUGAAGUGGCAUGAAAUUGUAAAAAUAUUAUGUUAUCAUUUUGAGAACUGAAAACAAAAUAAGCACAGUUGUUCCUUUGCAGAUAUCAUAAGUAUUAUUCUGAUAACUUCAGAUGUUAGUAUUUUUUUCAUAUUUCUGGAUCUGACUGUUUACUAUAGCAACUUACUGGUCAGUUGCAAGGGAAUCAGAAAUUGUGCCCAUUUAAGCUUAGAUGACAUACAUUCCGUUUGUAUAGUCAUAUUGGUAGAUAAUUGGAACCAAGAUGAAUAUGCCACAUAAAGAUUAUCUUAACUGAGAUAUUUAAAUAUGUGUCGAACAGUCCUAUAAACUCCUCCCCCUUCAACACAAACUGUUAAGAUUAUUGAUUUUCUAUAUUGAUUCAUUGUUAUCAUUAUUAUCACUGCCUGCACCAAAAGCUUUAAAAAUUUAAAAAAUAUUGUGCAGUAGUGAUAAUCCCAUCUAAAAUUUUAUGAGAUUUCGGACAAGGAAACGAAAAUCUUGUGAGAUUAGCUGAUUUCCUGAGAUUUUGGCCAUUCCAAAAUAUAGGUAUUUCUCGCUUAACAGCCACCAUUGGGACUCCUUUGCUAGGUGCUACAGUCAUUAAGUGAGACAUCAUGUGACCACAAUUUACGAUUUUACUUCCCCUUCUCUACUUAACUGUUGCAAGCCAGUUGUGAAGAAUGCAAAUGGCAAAUAUAUGACUGCAGGACACUGCAACAGUUGUAAAGGCACACUGUUUGCAAAACACCUGAAUGGUGAUCAUGUUAUAAAUACAAGGAUUGGUUACAUAUCAGUUUUUUAACACUGUUGUAACUUUGAAUGGUUGUUAAAUGAGGCCAUCAGUAAGGGAGGACUACCUGCUUCCAAUCUUAGUUUGUUGUUUGUUUCAUGUCCCCCCCUAGAGACGGGGCAGGAGCUAUACACCAUGUUUUCCCCAAAAUAAGACCCGGUCUUAUUUUUUUUCCCCUCCAAAAGAGGCACCAGGGCUUAUUUUCGCAAAGGGGGGAAAUCUUUUCCACUCACCUCGCAGCCGCAGCAGCAUCGACAGCCUCGCCCAGCCGGUCCACUUCUUCUGCGGCCGAAGGAGCAGCUUCAUUCUGCAGCUGAGAAUGAAGCUCUGGCCUGCAUUUUGCAGUCAGAAGC